AUGGCCACGUCUUCUACAGAAAGGGUUGUGGAGGACGUUACUCUGUGUUCAAUUUGUGUGGAGAAGUUUAAAACACCACGAUGUCUACCGUGUAUGCAUUCCUUUUGUCACAAAUGUUUAACUUCAUAUAUCGAUAGCAUUUGUAAAUCUACGGAGCCUCGUUUGGGAUUUAAUUGUCCUUUGUGUCUUGAGUAUGUUCCGCGUAAUGGCGCCUUUGAUAAACCAGAGGAGUGGGCUGCGAAUUUUCCGGUGAAUUAUGUUUUAGAUAAAAUACUUGAAACACCAGAAAAACGGCUGUGUGCAGCUUGUCAACGAGAUAAUGAAACUGAAAAUGCAUCUGACAUUUGUCUUUCUUGCAAUGAAUACUUAUGCACAGUUUGCACUAAACAUCACAGAAAGCAUUUGCCUUCCAAAGACCAUAUCAUAAUUCAACUAAAGGAAGUAGAGUCUAAAAAAAUAACUCACGAAUUCGGAAAAUAUUUUAGAUGUCCAGAACACAACGAGGUUAUAAAAUUAUUUUGUAGUGAGCAUGAUCAACCGUGUUGUAUAUUAUGCACGGGAACAACGCAUAGGAAGUGCGAUAGUGUCGAUACUAUACAGAAUGCAGCUUUAAAUAUUAAAGAGGGCGGCAAACUGGAUGUUCUGUCAAUUGAAGUUAGACAUAUAGAGAACAGAUUGGCAGAUGCCAUGCAAGAACAGAAAAAGAAUACUACAGAGCUAGAUGAUUCCGUAGAUGAAAUGACAAAGCAAAGUGAGAUUAAUUUUAAGGAACUUCUUGAGCACAUUGAAAAGUUGAAAAACAAACAUCUUGAUGAAAUUGCUGUUGCACAAAAGAGAGGUAGGGAAGAAAUGGACCGGGUUACAAACACAUUAAAAGACGGAAUUAAUUGUGCUAAUUACUGCAGUCGAAAUAUUGAAAAAGCCAGAUAA